CACCGGGUGUGAAGGGGGCGUGUUAUGAUAAUCCUAUUAUUUUGCUAGUUUCUGUCUCGAAUACCUUCCAUCUAUCUAUAUUUAUCGCAGUUUUUGGUCGGUGGGGAAGAUAUUUUAACAUAAUAAAAGCAGAAACUUGCUAACAUUUGGAACAGUUUGUGUUUAGCUUAGCCGAACAAUGCUAGCUAGCUAGCAGAGUAUAUUGUACGAACUACCAGUGUUAUCUUUUUUUUUAUUAUUUAAACUUUACUUUAAACCUUUUUGCCUUUCUUUUGGGAAACUUUAUACGCGUUUUCAAAAUUUAAUAGCUCUAUUAGCGGAAGGCUGCCAUUAAUAAUGUCGUUAACAGAGGAAAAUUUUACGGAUGAGUUGCCCUGAGAACUGACCCUCUGUCAGAUGAGUUCCUAGACAAAAUGUCCUGCAAAUCAACUAAAGUGGCGCCCAGUGUUGAUUUUGACCACAGCUGCUCGGAUAGCGUGGAGUACUUGACGCUCAACUUUGGCCCAUUUGAGACAGUACACCGCUGGAGAAGGCUCCCUCCAUGUGACGAGUUUGUGGGAGCAAGACGCAGUAAGCACACUGUCGUGGCGUACCGGGAUGCCAUAUAUGUGUUUGGAGGAGACAAUGGGAAAAACAUGCUGAAUGAUUUACUUCGCUUUGAUGUCAAGGACUGCUCUUGGUGUCGAGCUUUCACCACUGGAACUCCACCAGCUCCAAGAUACCACCACUCUGCAGUGGUCUAUGGCAGCAGCAUGUUUGUCUUUGGGGGCUACACAGGAGAUAUUUAUUCAAAUUCAAACUUGAAAAACAAAAACGACCUUUUUGAGUACAAGUUUGCCACAGGACAGUGGACCGAGUGGAAGGUGGAGGGAAGCUUGCCAGUGGCCAGAUCUGCACAUGGUGCCACAGUGUACAAUGAUAAGCUGUGGAUUUUUGCUGGAUAUGAUGGGAACGCCAGGCUGAAUGACAUGUGGACAAUCAGUCUGCAAGACCGAGAACAUGCAUGCUGGGAAGAGAUUGACCAGAGUGGGGAGAUUCCUCCUUCUUGCUGUAACUUCCCUGUCGCUGUCUGCCAGGAUAAGAUGUUUGUGUUCUCUGGUCAGAGUGGAGCCAAAAUCACCAAUAAUCUGUUUCAGUUUGAGUUUAAAGGCCACAUGUGGGCACGCAUCCCAACAGAGCAUUUACUGCGGGGCUCUCCUCCUCCUCCUCAGAGACGCUACGGACACACUAUGGUCGCCUUUGACCGCCACCUGUAUGUAUUUGGAGGGGCUGCUGACAACACUCUGCCCAAUGAGCUUCACUGUUAUGAUGUGGACUCUCAGACCUGGGAGGUGAUUCAUCCCAGUCAAGACAGUGAGAUGCCCAGUGGGAGACUUUUCCAUGCUGCUGCUGUGAUUCAAGAUGCCAUGUACAUUUUUGGAGGGACUGUGGACAACAACGUACGCAGUGGGGAGAUGUACAGAUUCCAGUUCUCAAGCUACCCAAAGUGUACCCUUCACGAGGAUUAUGGCAAACUGUGGGAGAACCGUCAGUUCUGUGAUGUGGAAUUCAUUUUGGGAGAGAGAGAAGAGAGAGUCUUGGGGCACAUAGCCAUAGUUACUGCCAGGUGUCAGUGGCUGCGGAAGAAAAUCCUGCAGGCCCGAGACAGGCAGCGACAGCAGAGGACCAAACGUGAGAGUAGUGAGGAAAGUGAUGAGGGAGCAGCUGGAGGCCCAAGAGAUGUCCCAGCAGGCAAUAAGCCAUCGGGCACACAGCCCCUGCUGGAGGUAUCCAUCAGGGAAGCAGAAGCUCAGCCUUUCGAAGUCCUAAUGCAGUUUCUCUAUACUGACAAGAUUCAGUACCCUCGCAGAGGUCAUGUCCAGGACGUUCUUCUGAUAAUGGACGUGUACAAACUUGCUCUAAGUUUUAAGCUUUCACGACUGGAGCAGCUUUGUGUGCAGUACAUCGAGGCGUCUGUGGAUCUGCAGAAUGUUCUGAGUGUUUGUGAGAACGCCAACAAGCUGCAGCUGGACCAGCUCAAGGAGCACUGUCUCAACUUCGUAGUGAAGGAAUCCCACUUUAAUCAGGUGAUCAUGACCAAAGAGUUUGAGCAUCUUUCCACCCCACUGAUAGUGGAGAUAGUGCGUAGGAAGCAGCAGCCUCCCCCCAGAGUGUAUUCAGACCAGCCAGUGGACAUCGGGACGUCUCUGGUGCAGGACAUGAAGGCCUGCCUGGAGGGAGGAGGACUGGAGUUCUGCGACAUUAUUCUGCUGUUAGACGGACAUCCUCGACCUGCACACAAAGCCAUCCUUGCAGCUCGAUCCAGUUACUUUGAGGCGAUGUUCCGCUCCUUCAUGCCAGAAGACGGUCAGGUGAAUAUUUCCAUCGGUGAGAUGGUCCCAAGCAAGCAGGCUUUCGAAUCCAUGCUGCGCUACAUUUACUACGGUGACGUCAACAUGCCACCAGAAGAUUCUCUCUAUCUGUUUGCUGCUCCAUAUUACUACGGCUUCUCCAACAACAGGCUCCAGGCUUACUGUAAGCAGAACCUGGAGAUGAAUGUGACUGUGGAGAAUGUCCUGCAGAUCCUGGAGGCGGCAGACAAGACGCAGGCUCUGGACAUGAAGAAGCACUGCCUUCACAUUAUUGUCCAUCAGUUCAUCAAGGUAUCCAAGCUCCCCAACCUGCGGUCUCUCAGCCAGCUGCUGUUGUUGGACAUCAUUGAGUCUCUAGCUACGCACAUAUCUGACAAACAGUGUGCUGAAAUGGGCUCUGACAUUUAGGAUAACUCAGAAGAGCUAUUUACUUCUAAGAAGCCAUAUAUCUCCUACUUACCUACUUCUAUUCAUUCCUGCUGCACUGGAAUUCAUUUAUUUUAUUUAUGUUUUAGGUUUUUUUUUGUCCCUGCAUGUCUGACUCCUGUAUGAUGAAUGCCUUUCAUCUACGCUGUAUUUUGUGUCUCGCUGAAUUUGAGGCAGCAGUGAAAUCAACAAAGAAACCAGAAUGUGGCUUAGAAAUGUUAAAUACUGUAAAAAAAAAAAAAAAAAAAAAAAAAAAAAACUUUUUACACUUUGUCAUUUAUUUUGUAAACUUUUUGCAAGCUUGUCCUCUGCCCAGUAUUUAUCAAGUGUUUAUAAAAACCCAUAAGCAUUUCACUGUUCAUGAUUGUGACAUUAUAUGCAGAAUGUGUUUCAGGAAGGUCCACUUUGUCCACAUGCAGUUUAGACGCCAUCCGUCUCGGUUCUUCAGUUUGCUUUAUUCUCAGCUGUGAUCAAGCCUGUAAUAUGUGAUGUAAGGAAUCAGUCAUUGUAUACAAAGUAUUAGAAUGUGUUUCAUUAUGUCUGUGUCUAGUUAUAAUGUUACCAGUACUAACCAAAAAAAUCACUAUUCACUUUAAAAGGAACCAUCUAACAGUGACCAUUACGUUACUGUUGCAAAAUGUCUGUCCAUGUAGGAUUCAUGCGAUGAAAGCCUUAAUAAACUGCAUCAUAAAUCA